GAGACUGCUACGCUGUGAGGAAGGGAAGCGCUAGCAUACUAGAUUUGUUUACAAACAGUGUACACUAUACAUCAAGUGUUAAAAAGUACUUUAGUUUUAUAUUUCUUAAUGUUGAUGUGAAGAUACCUUUAGGGUUUAGAACCCCAUUUUUCUUCAAAUAAGCACGAAGAUGUGGUUGCGCUGUGGAGGGUUGGGGGCCCUCGCCUUAUUCUCCCUCGUACUUGUAGCUGAAGCUAACGAUAAGGGUCUUUUCAUUUGUCCUAAAGGUCGAUGGAGCCUGGAGGGAUUAAAUUGUUAUCAAUUCUUUGAUGUUAAACAUUCCUACGAGAAAGCCUCAGAACUAUGUCAGAGAUAUGGUAGUAAUCUGGUCUCAAUAGAAUCCUACGCACAGAAUAAUUUCACAGCUGAGCUGGCCCUUUCUUCACUAGCUGCCAGGACAGAUACUCCUGCAUACUGGUUAGGAUACCAGACUUACAAUGAUCUACAGACGAAUACCCUGGCAGCAGAUGCUGGCAAUCAGAUCUCCGAGUUCUACGGACAUUGGGGGAUGAACCAGCCUGAUACAGACAAGGGCAGAUGCGUCCGAUCUGUGAUCAACGAUGCCCGGCAGGAAUGGGAGGUAACAACCUGUGAGGCCCUUCUACCCUUUAUGUGCGAGAUACGCGCGUGCCCCUCCGGCUCCAAGCACUGCAGCAACGGGAAGUGUGUUAACUCUAAGUUCUUGUGUGACGGCCAGGAUGAUUGUGGGGAUGGUAGUGAUGAACUUGAUUGUGAGUCCAACUGUAAACUUCAUUACAACCAACUAUCAGGAGGACAAGUUGAAAGCCCUGGCUUUGACAAUGGACGCGGCAAAUAUCCUCAGUUCGCAGACUGCAAAUGGACCCUUGAGGGACCCCAAGGAACCAAUAUUGUACUCCAGUUUUCACAUUUUGAUACUGAGAAGAUCUUUGAUACAGUACAGAUUUUGGGAGGAGGUCGAACCGAAGAAUCUGCCGUAAAUAUCGCCACCCUUUCCGGAAACCUGGAAGGAAUAUCCGCAAGAACGUUUACUUCCGCAUCAAACUUUAUGAUCAUUAAAUUCCGUUCGGACGAGGUUGUUGAGAAGUCCGGUUUCCACGCUAGCUGGACAACUAACUCAGACGGACAGAAGUGUGAAGGAGAGCUUAAUGCCGGCAACCAACCCCAGGUGUUCACUAGUCCUGGAUAUGGAAGGAACAGCGAAUACCCUGGUGGACUUGAAUGCCUUCAUAUCUUCAAAGCACCUCAAGGACAAAUCAUCACACUAGAAAUUGAAGACUUUGACAUGGAACCUAAGAAAGACUUUGUUCUUAUCCGUGAUGGUGAAGAUGCUAAUGCUAUUGAGCUGGUCACGCUGACCGGACAACAGCACUCAAAUCCGCAAUUUGUUCGUUCAACAGGAAACCGGUUAUAUGUAUACACUCGUACCGACCAGGCCGACAGCAGACGUGGUUACAGAAUGAAAUAUUACGCUGGAUGUACAUCAGUUAUUAAUAAAUUGAAUGGAACCCUUGAAUCUCCAGCCUACGGAGUAACGUCCUACCCUGCUAAUCAGAAUUGUAUUUUCCGUGUUGUACACCCCACCGGAGGUCGUCUAUCAAUGAGGUUCAAUGAUCUCAGGCUUCACCCCAGUGAUAAAAUACAGGUGUUUGAUGGAGAAGGAGGAUUAAAGCUUCACCCCGACGACGGAUUUACCGGAUACAGUACUCCAGAUCUAACCCUGUCUGCAGAGCGGGGAGAACUUAAUGUUAGGUUUAUCACUGACUCUACCAAGGGCGGAGUUGGGUUCUCCGCCAUCUACUCUGCGGACUGCCCGGAUAUUGUUGCCGGAACCGGAGCCAUUGCUUCUAGCCGAGAUACUACAUUCGGCUCAGUUGUGUCAUUUACUUGCCCAGCUGGUCAAGUUUUUGCCACAGGUGUGCGUGAUAUUCGUAUCCGUUGUUUGACCGGAGGAUCCUGGGAUCGAGAAUAUAUUCCUGUUUGUCAAACUGUUUACUGUGGACCGGUUCCACAGAUAGAUAACGGGUUUGCUGUAGAAGCUUCUAAUGUUACAUUCAAGGGUGUAGCUCUGUAUCAAUGUUAUGCUGGUUUCUCCUUCCCUAGCGGAAAUCCUCUAGAAUCUAUCACGUGUCUAGAGGAUGGCAGCUGGAGCCCUCUACCUAACUGUCAAGCCUCUAAGUGUCCUCCAUUACCUGAAGUAGAGCAUGCAGUUCCAAACCAACUUGCAGGAAAGGGACUCAACUACGGAACUGUUAUCAGGUAUGAAUGUGAACCGGGAUACGAGCGUUCAGGUCUCCCAACCCUGCUCUGCCAGAGCAACGGGACCUGGAGUAGCUUCGUACCAACCUGCACCAGGAUGAAAUGUUUCAAGUUGCCUGAGAUAGAAAACGGUUUUAUAGAGGAUGAAUCUAAAUCAUAUUAUUUCCAGGACCGUGCUUAUGUCCGGUGUCACAAGGGUUUCCGUCUGGUUGGUACUAACAUCAUCACCUGCGGUCCUGAUGAGGAGUUCAUUGACGUUCCCACCUGUGAAGACAUCAACGAGUGUGCCAACCCCCAGUGUGAUUUCUCCAGCACAGAGUGCGUAAAUACUGAUGGUGCACACUACUGUAAGUGUAUGGAGGGUAUGGAACCAGUACUGGAGUGUCGACCUGUUAUAGAUCUAGGACUAGCAAACGGUGGUCUCCCUGAAUCCAGCAUCUAUGUAUCUGGUACUGAGGAAGGAUACAGUAAGAAUAUGGUCCGUCUCAGCUCUAGUUUAGGAUGGUGCGGAGUGUCCCAACAGGCGGGACCUGCCGUCGCAGCCGACCCCAACCUUGGAAAUUAUGUCAUUAUAGACCUACGCGCUCCAACCAUUAUUCGUGGUUUCAGGACCCAAGGAGUUCAAAGGUUAGAUGGUAGACUCGGAUAUCCCAGUGCAAUCCGACUCAUGUAUGCUGAUCAACUAUCUGAUAAAUUCAAGGAGCUAAGAAAUGUUGACGGAUCUCAGGUUGAGUUUAGAGUACUGGACGGAGCUUCUCAAUCCAUCAUGAACCUGCCUAAUCCUAUUGAAGCUAGAUAUGUUCGGUUAAACAUUAUUAACUUUGAAGGUGCUCCAUGUAUGCGAGUUGAAAUCAAUGGCUGCAGCCGAACCUCCUGCUCUGAUGUGAAUGAAUGCUUGGAUAAGAAUGGUGGAUGUGACCAGAAAUGUUUAAACUCUGCCGGGGGCUUCUCCUGCAAGUGUAAUGUAGGUUAUGAACUGUUUACUGAGGACGGAACAUCUGAGUUUUAUAUUCCCGAAUUUGAAACCGGAGAGAGAGACGGAGAUAUCUACAGGUUAAACAAGACAUGCGUUCCAAAGCUCUGCCCUGCACUGGACUACCCUAAAAAUGGACGUAUUCUGACCAGCAAGGAGCACUACAGGUUUGGAGACAUGAUCAAGUUCAUGUGCGACUUCGGAUACCUCAUGGAGGGAAACCCGUCACUUCUCUGCACUUCUAGUGGACAGUGGAACGGUUCAGUACCAGAAUGCCGCCAAGCAACCUGUACAUCACUAGCUGAUGAUCCAGCUGAAGGAUUAGAGGUUAGACGAGAAGUACCUGAAGAACUUCAAAUUCCCUUCGGACAGAACAUCAGUUUGACCUGUAACCAGAUGGGAAAACCUUUGAGACGACGAACCACCGCUGGAUUCAGGCAAUGUGUUUAUGAUCCUCGACCCGAUAGUCCGGACUACUGGUUGUCAGGAGCAGAACCUAGCUGUCCUAGGAUAGACUGCGGAGUACCACCUCUUAUACCAGGAGCAGACUACGGAGAUUUUAUUGAUACCAGAUACCAGGCAAACUUCUUUUUCGGCUGCAAGGACGAAGCCUUCAGGCUGGUUGGACAGAGCAGUAAAAAAACCAAUAUUGUCACCUGUAUGGAGGACGGAGUUUGGGACUUUGGAAACCUAAGGUGUGAAGGACCAGUCUGCGAGGAUCCCGGACGUCCUGCGGACGGAACCCAGAUCUCUGAAAGCUACGAGCAGGGAUCCAAGGUUCAGUUCACCUGCACCAAGCCCGGAUACAUUCCCAUCAACCCCCAGCCCAUUGAGUGCGUUGAGCAGCCAGAAUGCAAGAUUGUUAAACCGUUGGGUAUUACUAGUGGACUUAUUCCUGACUCCGCUAUCAAUGCUACUUCAGAGAGAGGAAACUACGAAGCAAAGAAUAUCAGACUGAACGCUGUGACUGGAUGGUGUGGUCAGCAGGAAGCAUUUACUUAUGUAUCCGUAGAUCUAGGAACUAUACAUAGAGUCAAAGCUAUUCUUGUCAAGGGAGUAAUUACUGACGAUGUGGUCGGUCGUCCUACAGAGAUUAGGUUCUUCUACAAGGAGGAUGAACAGGAUAAUUACGUUGUUUACUUUCCCAACUUCAAUCUUACUGCCAGGGAUCCAGGAAACUAUGGUGAACUGGCAAUGAUCACUCUACCCUUGCCUGUGCGUGCCCGCUUUGUCAUCCUGGGUAUUGUAAGUUUUGACAAGAAUCCAUGCUUGAAAUUUGAGCUAAUGGGAUGUGAAGAUGAACCAAAGGAAAAUAGACAUUUAGGUUUCAACAAUGGUUUCCCCUUCUGUGUUGACAAUGAGCCCCCUGCAUUCAGAAACUGUCCUGCUCAUCCAAUUGUUGUAGAAAAGGGUCCAAAUGGGUUCAUUUUACCCGUAAACUUUACACAACCUGUGGCUGUGGAUAAUUCUGGAAGUAUUGCAAGGACUGAUGUUAAACCUGAGGGUUUCAGCCUACCCCUCUCUACGUUUGAGGACAUGAUGAUUGAAUACUUUGCAUAUGAUUAUGAUGGGAAUGUUGCAAUUUGUCAGGUUAAUCUUACUGUUCCUGAUGAUACUCCUCCCACUCUCACCUGCCCGCAAAGUUUUGUGAUUGAGCUUGUGGAAGAGAAAACUGAAUAUCCAGUCAAUUUCAAAAAUCUGCGGGGUCAAGUCAAUGCAAGUGAUCCUUCUGGAGAGGUUACUAUUACCUUCUCCCCUGAAAGAGCUCUGAUUAAGACCGGAGACUAUGAGAAUGUUACUGUAUAUGCCCGAGACAAAAAUGAUAAUGUAGCAACCUGUCACUUCCAAGUAGCUAUUCAGCCAACACCUUGUGUAGCUUGGGAGCUCAAACCACCUGCAAAUGGAGAUAUUAACUGUGAAGGUCGUCCUGAUGGAUAUGAAUGCACAGCAACCUGUGGACCUGGUUUCAGGUUUACAGAUGGACAACAACAGUUGACUUAUUCCUGUCAGAAUACUGAGCCAAAAUCAGACUGGACACCAUCUCGUGUUGUUCCUGACUGUGUUACAGAGAAUACCAGGGAAUCCACCUACGAUGUUGUUGCUACAAUGACAUACAAGACUCAGAGUGCUGAAGUUCCAUCUGAAUGCUAUGAUCAGUAUAUUGCUAAUGUUGAACAGAACUAUGAAGCUUUGAGUCAGGUCCUGACCAGACGUUGCUCUGCUGGUGGAGUCAACAUUCAAGUCAACUUUAAGAAAACAAUGAUUGGAGAUGUAAGAGGUAACAAUCUGGAUCUAAUCUACACUAUGAUGGUUGACCCAAGCAUCUCUCAGCCUAGGAUAUAUGAGCUCUGUGGACAAACCCACUCACUCAUCUUUGAUCUGACCAUUGGUACCAAUGAAGUUAUUGAAGCUCUCACAAAGGUUGAUGUUGGAGAACAGUGUCCAACUUUGACUGCCAUGAGUUCUGGAGUAUCUCGAGGAUUUGCUUGCAGUGAGGGAGAAGUUCUUAAUAAGAUUGCCUCUUCUCUUGUUCCCCGUUGUCUUGAGUGCCCUGCAGGAUUCUUUGCCGAGCAAGGAGAAACAGCUUGCACUAGAUGUCCCAAAGGACAAUAUCAAGAUGAAGCAAGACAAGGAUCCUGUAAACAAUGCCCAGUUGGUAGAUGGACUAGGGAUGAGGGAUCUAAAACUGAAGGAGAUUGUGUUCCAGUCUGUGGAUAUGGAACAUACAGCCCAACUGGUCUGGUUCCCUGUCUGGAAUGCCCCCGAAGUAGCUUCUCUCAGGAACCCCCAGUUGAUGGUUUCAGAGAAUGUGCCACCUGCCCUGCUGGUAUGUUUACUUUCCAGCCUGGAGCAAACAGUCCUGAUUUAUGCCAAGAAAAAUGCUCUCCUGGAUACUACAGUCCUACUGGACUUGCUCCAUGUGCUCCUUGUCCUGUUAAUCAUUUCCAACCUCUUAGUGGACAGAGACAAUGCUUCAAGUGCCAGUCUGGAGAGGAAACCCUGACCACUGGAGCAGCAAGUAAGGAUGACUGCAAUGCUAUUGAUUGUGAUGACGAUCUCUGUAUGCAUGGAGGACUUUGUGUGCCCAUCUUUCAUAGAUCUAAAUGCUACUGUCCAGCUGGGUUCGCCGGUCAAUAUUGUGAGGUUGAUGUUGAUGAAUGUGCUUCAAGACCUUGUUAUAAUGGAGCUACUUGUGUUGAUCUACCUCAGAGCUAUAGGUGUGACUGUGCAGAAGGAUUUUCCGGUCUUCAAUGUCAAGAGGAAGUUUCAGACUGUGUUGAGGGAACCUGCCCAGACAGAGCUAUGUGCAAAAACCUGCCUGGUCCAGGAAAUUUUGAAUGUCUGUGCAGAGAUGGUUUUAAGGGAGAGAAUUGUGAUGUUACUGAAGAUCCGUGCUCCGAGAAUGGAAACCCUUGUAAUAAUGGAGGUUCCUGCAAGACCCUGCCACAGGGAAGGUUCACCUGCCAGUGUCCAGAGGGAUGGGAGGGAACAGUUUGCGAAAACAAUAUUGAUGAUUGUUUAGAGCAGCCAUGUUUGUUGGGAGGAAAUUGUACCGACCUGGUAAAUGACUUUAAAUGUGAUUGUCCAAAUGGGUUUUCUGGUAAAAGAUGUGAAGAAAAGGUUGACCUGUGCGUGGAUGAACCCUGUGUCCGAGGAAUGUGUAUAGAUAAACUGUUCAGAUAUGAAUGUAUCUGUGAGACUGGUUGGACUGGAGCUGAUUGUGAUAUUAAUAUUGAUGACUGUGCCAGCAACCCCUGUGUGAACAAUGGUUUAUGUGUAGACCAGGUUAAUGGGUAUACUUGUUCCUGUGAACCUGGAUAUACAGGUAAAAACUGCCAGCAUACCAUUGACUAUUGUGUGGAUGAACCAUGUAAGAAUGGUGGAACAUGCAAGAGCAAUCUAGAUUCUUUUGUAUGUGAAUGUAGACCUGGGUUUUCUAGCACACCAACCUGUGAGAACGAAAAUGAUGAGUGUAGUACUGCGCCCUGUGAUCCAACUGGAACGCUACAGUGUCUGGAUCUUGAUAACAGAUAUGAAUGCAAAUGUCGAGACGGAUAUAUUGGAGAAUUCUGCCAGACUAAUGUGGAUGAUUGUGCUUCUUCUCCUUGCAGAAAUGGUGGAAGAUGCCGAGACCUUGUUGGUGAUUUUGAGUGCCAGUGUCCAAUUGGCUGGGAGGGAAAACGGUGUGAGAUUGAUGAACAGCGGUGUGAUGAAUCUACUUGUGAGAAUAAUGCUCUUUGUGUUAAUCUCUUCCAAGAUGUGUUCUGUGCUUGUCCCUCUGGAACUGAUGGCAAAAGGUGUGAAACUUCUCCUCAGAGAUGUAUUGGAGAUCCUUGUAUGAAUGGUGGAGCUUGCAAAGACCUUGGCUAUGGAUUGAAUUGCUCCUGCUCUAAGGACUAUACUGGAGUUGGUUGUCAGUAUGAAUAUGAUGCCUGUGCUGCUAAUGCUUGCAAAAAUGGUGCUACUUGUAUUGAUAAUGGUGUAGGAUACAAGUGUAUUUGUCCUGAUGGAUAUGCUGGAGAGAACUGUGAUGAAAACAUUGAUGAUUGUGCUCUUGGUAGAUGUCCUCCAACUGCUACAUGUAUUGACCUCACCAAUGACUUCUAUUGUAAAUGCCCCUUUAACCUGACUGGAGAAGACUGUCGAAAACAGAUCACAAUUAAAUAUGAUCUUCAUUUUACAGAUGAAAGUAAAUCUUCCAGUGCAUCUCUAGUUGUUCCCUUUGAACUCGGAACACCUGAGCUAUCUAUUGCUAUGUGGGUUCAGUUUGAUACAAUUGGAGAAACCGGAACUUACUUUACUCUCUACUCAGUUUCACAUGAAUACUAUCCAAUUGAUCGUCAGAUCCUUCUGCAGGCUCAGAAUAGUGGAGUUUAUGUCCAUCUGUUUGAUAAUGAAGAACCAGUGUUCCUACAAUUCCCAUCUUACAUUCCAGUUGCUGAUGGACAAUGGCAUCAUGUUGCUCUCACCUGGUCUUCCUACACUGGUAAUGUAAUUCUAACAGCUGACAGUGUAAUUGCUGACAAAAAGGAGUUUUAUGGAUCUGAGCAGAUGCUGCCCAAGUAUGGGUAUGUAACUCUGGGAAGUGAGGAAUCAGAUGAUGGCAGGACAAGGACAGAAUCAGGAUUUCAUGGAAAACUGACCCGUGUCCAGAUUUGGGAUAGAGCCCUGGACACACAGCUGGAGAUCCCUAGACAGGUUAAAUCUUGCAGAAACUCACAGGUGUUGUUCCCUGGCUUAAUAUUAAGAUGGGCUGGAUAUGACAAAACUGUGGGUGGAGUUGAGAGAAUUAUGCCAAGUGUUUGUGGAGAUAGACGUUGUGAGCCUGGAUACACUGGACCUGAUUGUCAACAGUUAGAUCAAGACAAGAUCGCUCCUGAGGUACUUUAUUGUCCUGGAGAUAUCUGGGUUGCAACCACCAACGGAACUGCUUUUGUUAACUGGGAUGAACCAAGGUUUAGCGAUAAUGUCAAUAUUUCCCGACUUCUCCGACCCAGCCUUGCUCCGGGUAAUGCCCUUCACUGGGGAACCUAUGACAUAUCUUAUAUUGCAUAUGACAACUCUGAUAACUCAGUUGAUUGUAGUUUCAAGAUUUAUGUUCUUGAAUCGUUUUGCCCACCUCUUGACCCUCCUCAAUCUGGAUCUCAAAUCUGUGAUGAUUGGGGUCCAGGAGGUAGGUUUAAGGUCUGCAGGAUUGAAUGCGAUGAAGGCAUGAAGUUCUCUCAACCUGUUCCCCAGUUCUACACCUGUGGUGCUGAAGGGUUCUGGAGACCAAAUCCAAACAAAGACCCUGCUGUUCCUUUUGUUUACCCUGCUUGUUCUGCUGCCAAACCAGCACAGAAGAUAUACACCAUAAAACUUCAAUACUUGGCAUCUGUACUUUGCAGUAAACAGGGACAUGGAGUGCUCAAAAAUAAGAUUAUUUCUGCAUUGGAAGACCUCAACAAAGAAUGGAGAUUCUCAACAUGUGACAAGAUUAGUGAGAAGGACUGUGAAGGACUUGGAGUCAAUAUUGAUUGUAUCAAAAAGGACAGAGUCAAGAGACAGAUUGGAGAACAGGAGCAAGCUUAUGAUCUUGAGAUUUCUUUCCCAACCCUGGAAGGAGAUGAAGCUGUAAACAGUGAUGGGCAAAGGGCUAAGAUUGAUCAACUCUUACAAUCCAUCCUUCUUGAGAACACUAAUCUUAAUGUUGAUGAAACUCUUCCUGGCACAUUAUUGGACAAAACAUCUAUUUUUCUUGAACCAUCCUUCUCUUGUCCACCAGGCUCCGUUGUUGUCGACAGCUCCUGUGUACCUUGUCCAGAGGGGACCUUCUUCAACAGAGGAACCUGUCAGAAGUGCCCUCUAGGCCAGUACAGCAGUAAGCAAGCUCAAAUACAGUGCACAACGUGUCCUGAAAUUAACGGAAAUCCCGGAGUCACACAAUCAGAAGCAUCUACAAAGCAAUCAGACUGUAAGGAGGAGUGCUCGGCUGGAAAAUAUUAUGAUGAAGUGACCGGCCUUUGCCGUCCUUGUGGUCAUGGUAGAUAUCAACCUAACUCUGGCAAGUUCUCCUGUAUUAUGUGCGGCAAUGGACUGACAACAAGAACUAAAGAGGCAAUGACUAAGGAUGAAUGCAAACCUGAAUGUGCUGACGGUCAACAGCUUGACCUUCAGGGUGAUUGUGUAAGCUGUCCCCUUGGAACCUAUAGAAGCCGUGGUAUUCAGCUGGCCUGCGCGCGUUGUCCCGCUGGUUUUACAACAGCUAAGGUUGCUAGCUCUGAUAUAUCUGAUUGUUCUCUACCUAUCUGUUUGAAGGGAUCUUAUCUCAAUGCUACGGUCAACUCUUGCACUCUCUGUCCAAGGGGUUACUAUCAGGACGAGGAACAACAAACUCAAUGUAAGCAGUGUGCAUCAGAUACAUCUACUAAGGAGGAGGGAGCAGUGGAUAGCUCUAUGUGUACUAACAGGUGUAAGGUAGCUGGAGGAGAGGAACUAUGUGAUCGUAAUGCAGAUUGUCUGUUCCACCCAUCAAACAACACGCACAGCUGCCAGUGUAAACUAGGAUAUGACGGAAAUGGACAAGUCGGAGACUGUAGGGAUUCAUGUGAGGGCAGAUGCAGAAAUGAGGGAGAGUGUUUGAAGGAUAAAUUUGGAUCUCCUUACUGCCAGUGUAUAGGAUCCUUCACUGGACCAAACUGCGAGGAAAAAUCUGAGUUUGCAUACAUUUCAGGAGGUAUUGCUGGUGCUGUCAUUUUCAUUGUUUUGCUCGUACUGCUCAUCUGGAUGAUUUGUGUACGUGCAACUAGAAGGCGCGCACCUGAGAAAUCCGGUCUUGGACCUGGUGCAGAGGUCGCUCACAGUGGAGUAAAUUUCUACUAUGGAGCCCCUGCCCCCUAUGCUGAAAGUAUUGCCCCCUCCCACCACAGUACAUACGCCCACUAUUACGACGAUGAAGAGGAUGGAUGGGAUAUGCCAAACUUCUACGGAGAAGGAUAUAACAAGGAAGCGAAGAUGAACUCGCUGGCUCGAUCCAACGCAAGUCUUUAUGGAAACAAAGAAGAGCUUUAUGACAGGCUUCGUAGGCACGCUUACAACGGGAAGAAAGAAAAGAGCAAGACCAGCGCAGCUGAAACCACCAGCGAAUCUGAUGACGGGAGAAAUUAAAAUUUAGAAUAUCCAACAACACAAGAACUUCUCUGCUCUUGGGCAGAUA